AAAGAAAAGGAAAAAACACAUGCAGUUUUUUAUCUUUUCUUUAUUCUGCUGCAGCUUCGAACAAACUCAUUUCUUUCUUCACACCACCCACAUAAUCCUUAUUUUGAGCCAUAACCAUUUCCAAGAUUCAGUUUUUAGCCUAAGCUUCUUUUCCAGUUAUCAACUCAAACAUACUUCCUUAUUCUCUCUGUCUAGCAAAUAAGUGUGGAAGAUGGAAUCCACAAGCUCAAGAGUCAAUGUCUCAAAUUCCAGACAAUCUUCUAAGCAGCUUCUGUUUGACCGCCGCUAUGGAUGGGUAAUCGAUGAGUGGAAAGACCCAGCAGAGGAAGCACUUGAUGGAGGCAGAGGAAUGUUUUGCAUACUGCCACUUGCCAAAGCCUUGGUGCAGAAGGCCUCACAAUCAAUAAAUUUUGCAGUAAUCUCGGUCAAAAAAGGUUCAGAAAACCCAGAACUGUUUUCCCCUCAGAUGCUGCAGAGUGGUCUAGAUGACGGUGUUAAGAGUUUUAUGACAUUUUUCAAAAACAUUGGGAGUAAAGGUUUCAUCUUCAACAAGAAUUCUGAGUCACAUGCCUCCAAUAGCUCUUCCCUCUCACAUACAGAAAGCAAUGGAUGAAGGAACAAAGUUUGUUUAUUAUCAAAGUUUUUUGUUCUAAUACAGAAUGCAGUUUAUCAUCCAUACUCUCCUAUCUAUUCAUUCCUAAUACAAUACUCAAACGACAAUUAUUUGGAUGUCAUUUCGGCGUUUUUGCUUGGCAAUGCGGUAUCUUGUCACAUUUCUGUAUCACUUAUAACUAUUCUUCACACCUUCUCUUUCUAAGGCCAAGAAUUAAUUACAUUAUCACAUUUUCAUUGAA